CCACCUCCAUCGUCAUCUAGAUUAUAACCAGUGAACUUUACCGAAAGGAAUCUGAAACGAUGCCUUACUAUCGCGAUGAAGACGAUGUCCACGACUUCGACGAGUACGAUCCCACCCCUUAUGGUGGAGGUUAUGACAUGCAGGUGACGUACGGGCGACCAUUGCCGCCGUCCGAUGAGACUUGCCACCCAUCAUCGUCGGAGUCCGAUGGGAACUUCGACUACGCUCGUCCCCAGUUCUCUUCUCACGCCGAGCCUUCAGCCUACGCUGACGAGGCUCUGGCCACUGAGUACAGCUCCUAUGGCAGUGCCAAGCCUCGACCCGGAUCCGCUUUUGGAGGUGAGGAAGGGUAUGGAGGAAGACCUCAGCCACCGAGACCCGAAGUUGGAUCUGGGUAUGGCCAGAGACCGGAAUUUGAGAAGCCCGCAUCCGAGUAUGGAUCUGGGUAUGGCAAGACUGAUUAUCCACCACCUGAAAUUCAAUAUCCACCACCUGAAACUCAGUAUCCACCACCUGAAACUCAAUAUGGAUCUGGGCCUGGCCGUGUACAGCAUGAAUCCGGAUAUGGAGGAAGGCCCGAGUCUGAAUAUGGAUACGGCCGGAAACCAGAAUAUGAAUCUGGAUAUGGCCGUAAACCCGAGUACGAGUCAUCAGAGUACGGUCGGAAACCGGAAUACGAAUCUGGGUAUGGUCGGAAACCCGAGUAUGAGUCAGAGUACGGAAGGAAGCCGGAGUACGAAUCUGGAUACGGCGGGAAACCGGAAUUCGAGCCUGAGUAUGGCCGGAAACCGGAAUUCGAGCCUGAGUAUGGCCGUAAACCCGAGUUCGAAUCUGGGUAUGGCCGGAAACCUGAAUUUGAAUCUGGGUAUGGCCGGAAACCUGAAUUCGAGUCCGGGUAUGGUGGGCAAUCGGAGUAUGAAUCUGGGUAUGAGAGAAAACAAGAAUACGGGUCCGGUAAUGGCGCAAAGAGUGAGUCCGCAUAUGGUGGACAGUCAACUUUUGAUCCCGGAUAUGAGAGGAAGCCGAGUUAUGAGAGAUCAGAGGAAGAUGAAGGGUACAGGAAGCCCAGUUAUGGCUACGAGGGGCGUCGUAAGGAUGAUGAUGAUGAUGAGCAUGGUGGUGGCUUCCGCAAGAUGAAAGCUGAUGACAGUGACGAUGAUGAUGACGAGAAGAAGAAGCAUCGCUUCAAGCACCACCACCACAGGCACCAUGACGAUGAAUGAUAAAAAUGCUAGUUGUGUUGUGAAUGGGAUUCAUGCCAUAGUUUGCUACUAAAUAAAGGGUCGAGGCAUGUCUUCCUCGUGUGGUUCUUCUAGACCCUACAGAUGCAUUUCCAUAUAAACUAUGUGCUUGUGUUUGUGUGUGCUCAUGUGCUCUGCCGGUGUUUGUGAUGCUUAAUAAAAUCUUAAACUUUUGUGUUGGUGUCUUUAUAUGCUCUGUUUUUAGACUUAAGACGUUUUUUGUCUGGAAAUUUGAAUGUUUUCUAUUCAGAAGAUAGUGUUUGUGAAGCUUAAUAAAAUCUCAAACUUUUGUGUUGCUGUCUUUA